GAGAGAGAGAGAGAGAGCUGAGAACAUCCGCUGGAGGAGCAGACAGACAGACGGACGGACUGCAGGAAUAGCGAGCCGGGCGCAGGGACAGCUCUCCAGAACACACCGCUGAAAUGGGAGUCGAAAUCGAGACUAUCACCCCGGGCGACGGAAGGACUUUCCCCAAAAAAGGACAGACGUGCGUGGUGCAUUAUGUCGGCUCCCUGACAGACGGACGCAAGUUUGACUCGUCCCGCGACAGGGACAAGCCUUUCAGGUUCAAGAUCGGCAAGCAGGAAGUGAUCCGAGGCUGGGAAGAGGGUGUAGUGCAGAUGAGUGUUGGUCAAAGGGCCCAGCUGACCUGCUCACCCGACUUUGCUUAUGGAAACAAAGGCCACCCGGGCAUCAUUCCUCCCAACGCCACCCUCAUCUUUGACGUUGAGCUGCUGGGUUUGGAAUGAAACAAACUCACGGCCUGUUUUUUAAUUUUAAUUUUAAUUUUUUAGUUCUGUGUGACUUCCUACCUGGGUAACCCGGAGAGAAGCUAGGAGAGUCUGCACUUGAUUCUAUACGAGGCUUGAGUCUAUAGUUCCACUACUUAUUUCAUAAAACUACAGACAGUUUAUGUCAUUUUGUCUCUGUGACUGAGUGAAUUCUAUUUUCCAUCAUAUCCUUCCUACAUAAGAAACAUGGGCCACCUUACAAACCUCCAAGUCUUGAAUUCUUUCGAAUAUUCAUUUUCUUAAUGUUUUUUCCAAGUGUUGGUCUUGCAUGGUUACGCUGAGAAGUACAAAAACACCAAAUAACCUCUAGUGGCGACAUUCAUCUCUCACAAAGUCGACGCGCGCUAGCAUAACUGUGUUCGAGAGCUGGCGCUUUGUCGUAUUACAGGAACGGAAAAAAAGUGUACAAAAAUAAAAGGAAAAGCACACAUUUGUAUCCCUAUCCAGAAAAUCAGAACAAAUGGAAUGAGUUUCUGUUAGAGAGAGAUGAAUGUUGAGUUCAGUGGCUGCCUGUAGUGAAGCGUCAGGUCAUGGGAGGCCUUCAUGGUGCAACACAGAAACUGAGUUUGCUACAUGAAAUGGCCGUUUGAAGUGUGAGCUAGAGAGGCGUAAUUGCUGUAAAGGCGAACCAAUCGCAGUUGUAGAUUGUUCUGUGUGCCUACAUCUCUUCACCAGACACAUGGUUACUACCUUGACCCCUCUGCAUGUUCAAGGCCCGACCGGAAACCCUAGUAGUAUGUACACGUUGAAAGCUUUGCAUUCGAUUUGCGUUGUUAUUGCCUUCUUAUAUCGCCAAGUCUUUAAACCCCAUUUAAAGCCAUACACAGGUCGAACAGUGCAAGGACAGGAUUUGCGUUGACGCACAUCAAUUGGAUUAUUCUUUUUCUUAGUAAAAAUAAAAAUAAAUAAAUGGGAAAUGCUUGAAAUUGACAGGGGGUUGAGGAGACAAUAAAAUUGUGACCUCCCCCGUUAUUUUGUGUAACAACUUCAAUCAUGUAUUUUUCAGAUGCCAACUUUCUAUCUCUGAGAAACAACAAAGCUAAUGUACUGUAUAACGAUCUAUAUGAUGAUAGAUAUUGUUUUUCCUUUUAGUUUUUUUGUCCCCAGUGUCAGUGAAGUACCACACUGCCUAACUGAAGAAUCAGUGUUGUGGUAGAUAAAGAAGCUGACACAUGGGCAUCCUAGUGGUUUUGUAUUUCAAAUAAAUAGUUUUAAAUGGAGUUUAAUGAAGGAAUAUGCUGGCCUGGCUGUCAGAUAUUGACCGUGGCUGUCGAUGUUACAUAUUGGCCAAGCUGCAGGUGGUGCGGCAGCAGUCCACCUCUGUACUGUGUAGUUAUUUGCUGAUACGUUACUGUAUGCAGACUAAACCAAUGAUGACAUAUUUAAAAUAAAAUAAGUGCUCUCCA